CCUAAAUAUUUGACAUUAAUCAAACAUAACCUUACAUUAUCAUGCUGUUUUUUUGAGUGCGAUUGUUGGAAAUAAACAAUAAAAUGGUCAAAAAGCGCUAUAAUUGGAAGUCGCGACAGGUUGUUAACACCGUUGUUGAUAAUUCCGCGACCAAAAAGAUCCAACUUGAUUUGCAAGUGGAGGGCCACUAUGACCAAAGUAAUGAGUUAGUGCUGCCUUCAAAAAAACGCAAGACAAAAAUAAAAGAUGAGAAACAAAAAAUCACCAAAAUCCUUUCAAAGAAACACAGAAAGAAACUUGAAAAAAUCGUCGAGAAAAAGAAGAAAAAGGAGAACCGCGCGUCACUCCUUGAAGCUUUAUCGAAAGUCCAAGCAACCCCUGAAGAGUUAACCAAACUAACCUCAAUUGCCACUGUACAAACAAAGGGGCUAAAACGGCACUAUCUCGAGGAGCAAACCGGAGACAAGAAGAAACCUAAACGCGACUUGCAGAUAAUUUCGGGCGAAAUUAAACUAAACAGUUUAUCGGGGGCCAAAAGACGCCAAUUGCUGGAACAAACAGUUGAUACUAAACCAAAUGGGGACCCCAACGUGGUGGGGUUCGAGUCGUCAGACUCAGGCAAUGACUCGGACCCCGAGCCCACGAAAAAUGAACCAACAGAAACAGAACCAGAACCAAAAGAACCACCAAUUAAAAACGAACCAAAGGAAACAAAAACUAAAACUCCAACCAGGAAAGUUCUUGCGCCAAAACCUGCAGUUUUCGUGGACGUGAUCCGCGACGAAGAAAUCCAGAACAGUCGCCUCAAGCUCCCGAUCUUGGCCGAGGAGCAGCAAAUCAUGGAAACGAUUAACGAAAAUCCGGUUGUGAUAAUCGCUGGUGAGACAGGCAGUGGUAAAACCACUCAAGUCCCCCAGUUUUUGUACGAAGCGGGCUAUGCGUUGAAAAAACAAAUCGCGGUGACUGAACCCCGAAGAGUUGCAGCGAUUGCAAUGUCGAAACGUGUGGCACAAGAAAUGAAUUUAAGCUCGAACGAAGUGAGCUAUUUAAUUCGGUUCGAGGGCAACGCCACCGAAGACACAAAAAUUAAGUUUAUGACAGAUGGCGUGUUACUAAAAGAGGUCCAAAACGAUUUUCUCUUGUCACAAUAUUCAGUUGUUAUCCUUGAUGAAGCCCACGAAAGAUCGGUUUAUACCGAUAUUUUAAUCGGGCUUUUAUCACGCAUUGUACCUUUGCGAGUCAAAAGGGGGGAUCCCCUAAAACUCAUAAUCAUGUCGGCUACGUUACGAGUCGAAGACUUCACGAAAAAUAAGCGACUUUUUAAGAAAACUCCCCCUGUGAUUAACGUGGAUAGUCGGCAAUUCCCCGUCACUGUUCACUUCAAUAAACGCACAAAUGAGGAUUAUUUGAGUGAGAGUUUCACUAAAGUGGUUAAAAUUCACACGAAACUGCCCGAAGGCGGAGUUUUGGUUUUCGUGACUGGGCAACAAGAAGUCAACUCACUUGUGAAAAAACUCCGCGCUAAAUUCCCCUUCAAAGUCAAGCUUAAUGAAGAGGCGGAGCCUACAAAACUCAAACAGAAAAAGGUUUACGCCCCCGAGGUGAAUCUCGAUGAUUACGACCCGGAUUGGUCGAGUGAGAGUGAGGAGGAGGAGUCGGAACGCCCCCUGUAUCACGCCCCGCCGUUGUGGGUGUUACCCCUCUAUUCGAUGCUCCCCACCCACAAGCAAAACCGAGUGUUUCAAGCGCCGCCCCCAGGAUGUCGUUUGUGCGUCGUUAGUACCAACGUAGCGGAGACAAGUCUCACUAUACCUAAUAUAAAAUACGUGGUUGACUCAGGUCGGACUAAAGUGAAACUGUACGAUAAAAUCACCGGUGUGAGUAGUUACGUGGUCACGUGGACCAGCAAAGCUUCGGCCAAUCAGCGCGCCGGGAGGGCGGGGCGUACGGGGCCGGGCCACUGCUACCGCCUCUAUUCCAGUGCUGUUUUUAACGACACGUUACACGAUUUUUGUGUUCCGGAAAUUCAGCAAAAACCAGUCGAUGAUUUAUACUUGCAAAUGAAAUGUAUGAGUAUCGAUAAAGUCGUAAACUUCCCCUUCCCCACAGCCCCCGACUUAUUGCAAUUGAAAACAGCCGAACACCGACUGGAAAUAUUGGGGGCGUUGCAAAACAGCCAAGUCACGCCUUUGGGGCGUGCCAUCGCCAAAUUCCCCGUGUUGCCACGUUUCGGCAAAAUGUUGGCCUUGAGUCACCAACAAGACCUCCUCCCGUACACCAUAUGUAUGGUGGCAGCACUGUCAGUCCAGGAGGUGUUGCUAGACGACGCCAAAUGGGCGGCGCUUCGUCGCCAGUGGGCGGCGACGGGCAAUUCGCUCCUAUUGGGCGACAGUAUGGUGCUGCUCCGGGCGGUGGGCGCGGCCGAAUUCGCCAACACCCAAAACCGACUGGAGCAAUUCUGUCACGCCAAUGGGUUGAGACACAAGGCGGUGCUCGAAAUUCGAAAGCUGCGCCUACAAUUGACCAAUGAAAUCAAGGCUAAUGUGCCGGAGGCCGAUGUUGUGGUAGACCCCGCCCUUGCCCCGCCCACUGACCUUCAAGCCAAGCUUCUAAGACAGAUACUUCUCGCAGGGAUGGGCGACCAAAUCGCCAAGAAAAUCGAAAGUGAGGAUAAGAAAUUUAAAUAUGGAUACCAGGCCAACAAUAUGGAGGACCCAGUCUUUUUACAUUCGGGGUCUGUAUUACGAAAAAAUCUGCCAGAGUUUGUGAUUUAUCACGAAAUUUACGAAACUAAUAAAAUUUAUAUGAGAGGGGUGACAGCCAUUGAACCCGAGUGGUUGCCGGUUUAUGUCCCCAGUUUGUGCAAUUUGAGUGAACCUUUAGCCGAGCCUGAACCUCGACUAAAAAACGGAAAAGUGUAUUGUACGGUAAAUGGAACGUUUGGUAGUCAAGGCUGGACGCUACCGAACGUUGAAAUAGAAUAUCCCAGAACCAUUAAUUAUUAUAAGUGGUUUGGUCGAUUUUUAUUGGAAGGUUUGGUGUUUAAAAAACUGGAGAAAUACAAGGACGUGUUGUUGAGUCAGCCGGCGAUUAUGGUCAAAAGUUGGGCGAAGUUGCAACCGCGGACCGACGCUAUUUUGAAAGCCUUGCUGUCGAAGGAGGCGGUGUCGAAGCAGCGAUUGGCGGAGAUUUGGACGGACACGCCCAAGUUCCUAUUGGAGGAGUUUUUGAGGUGGGUGCCGCAGUCGGCCUAUGGAGAAGUGAGCAUGAUGUGGCCGCCUUUAGAUUAAUUUUAUUACAUGGAAUGUUUAAGUACGUUAUUACAAAUUCAA